CGGUUGCCCAUCGCCCAAGCAUAAGGCAACCGAGAGGGGUAAAAUAGUCUUUUUAGCUCGACCAUUCCAUCUGACCGUCAGCUUAGUACAACUAUAAAGCAACAGUGCCCUCCCGGCCCAUUUCUCUGUCCUCCAACAUUCUGGGUUUUGGUCUUUCAUGAAACCCUAGACCAUCUCUGUAACUUUCUAAGCUCAACACAACAUCUCCACCUGUGACUCAGUCUCACUUUUCGAUGAGCAAGAGAAUCAAUAUUGAAGAAGUUUUAGCUAGCUCACCUCUGGUUAAAAUGGAGGGAGAAAGCAGCAAGAACAAUAUUCCUAUGCAAGUGAAAUCAUCAAGCUUUGUUGGGUAUUCUGGCAAUGUUGUUACUAUUGGGACUGCUGAAGAAGAUGAUCGAAGGGGACCUGUUCUAAUGGAAAAUGGUGGAAGGAGUUGGCCGAAUAAGAACAAUGUUUUAUGUUUACCUUGGUGGGAUCAAGUUCAACACCAGAAAAAUCAUAACUAUGUCCAAUCUCUAACUGAAAAAAGCUCUGCAUUUCCUCAAAUGAAUUUAUAUUCACAAGACAUUUUGGAGAAUCUUUCUUUAGCUGAAGGUGAACCAGCUUCUGCAUAUGCUGUUUCCGGGGUUUCUGAUCUCCAAAGAGAAGUGCUGUUGUACAAUCACCUGGGAUUGGCAUCUGGUUCUACACCUACUAAUGUAGGUGCUUGGAAGAAUCUUACUUCAUUGAACAAAAACUCAUUUGGGAAAAACUAUAAUUCUGGAGUUGAUAUUCCAAGUGCAACAGUUGCUUCACCUGGCUCUGUAUCCCAAGACCAGUCCACUAUACAGAGAAAAAGAAACUUAAGAAAUGAUCAAGCUUUGUCCAAACAGCAACGCAGGAAACGGUAUGCUGAAACACUCAACAAGUUACAAGAGCUACUUCCCAAAUCUGCUGAGGGUGUAGGAGGUAGUCAAGUAUCUGUAUUUGAUGAUGUGAUCGACUAUAUCAAGUACUUGCAGCUACAAAUAAAGGAUUUGAGUGAAAGCCGAUUGGGAGGUGAAUCACCAACCAAACCUAUCAUUUUCCGCGAGGGAUAUGGCCACUACUUUUACGACCAAGAAACGUUGAAUGAGCCUUUGGAAGAGAUAAUCAUGGCGAAAUGGUUGGAGGUAAACUCUUUAGCUGUGACCAAUAUGCUGGAGAGGAAAGGUCUUCUUCUCAUGCCCAUUGAAUUUACGGAAGCACUACAAUGAUUUGUUAUGCACAUUUCUCUCUUGAUUUCUACCCAAAAUAGCUACUAGCAUUACGUAUUUUUGUAAUGAAAUUAAAUGUUUCUACCUCUUUCUUGAAGAACUUUACAAUCAAUCGCACCUACUAACUCUCUUUCAAUUUGGGGAAUUUUGGUUGAAUUUAGGCAAUUUUAUUAUG